GCCAUGUCUUCGUUUAGCGAUAGGAUCUCGUCCUUAGAGGACUGCUCCUCUGAGGAUUCCAACUCAUCUUCCUCGACCGGGUCUUCUUCUCCUGAAUCCACGCCCGGUCAGGUUCCCAACUCCAUUCCCGACCCGCAUCCUGUAAAUCAGGUGCCCGGUGAAACUUUCGUGGGGAGGGAUGACCCGGUCGAUGACGAACCGGGCCCCUAUGACCCUGAGCACGAAACCCGGGAUGCGUGGGAGGAGCGGCUUCAUGCUGCCAGUUACUUUCCGCUUCCCACCUUCUACGUCCUUGACAUCCCUUCCCGUGUAUCCAAAAUCCCCCUGAACAAAAUUCGUAGGAGGCUCCCGGACGGGUAUACCCUCCCGUACGAACCCAACUGGCCCAACAUUGUCGAACCCCACCGGGAGGAUAGGAUAGGAUUCCACACCAUUUCCCUGGAUGCGGGCAUAGUUUUUCCCCUUCGCCCCCUCCUAACCGAAGUAUGCCACGCGUUUAGGAUUUUGCCCGGUCAAAUAACUCCCAACGCCCACCGGUACCUCCACUCCUUUGUAAAUAUUUGUACCCAUCUGAAAAUCUUCCCCUCUUUGCAUCUUUUCCUUUUUUGCUUCGAAGUCCUACCGGGCGGAUCCGGCUGCGAAGGCUUUGUAUUCUUCAAAGCCCGUACCGGUAGGAAGUUCAUUUCCGAAGUCCCCCAGAGUAACCGGGGAUGGAAGGAAAAAUUUGUUUUCAUCGAGUUUCCUCCCUUUGUUACUCCUUUGGCCGGUCUGAACUGGAACGACCAUUUGCUCGAUCAAGAGUACGCUGCACCGGCCUCCUCCCCUGACUUGGAAGCGAACCUUGAGGUCCUCAUGUGCGGGGAUCCUCUAAUCGGGAGGGUCUUCCAUCAAGGCAGCUGGGUUUGGAGGGUAGAGUCGGGUGGUGAGGGUACCUCCCAGGCCCAGGAAGCAGCGGGGCACGGGGUACCCUCCCCGGGCAACACUGCAGAGGCUGAGGGCCAAAACCAUCCAGAUAUGGAGUUCGAGGAGUUCGCCAUCCCCGACGACCAACCAGCGGGGGAGACCGGGGGCUCCCAAACCAACACUGCCAGGACCUUCCCGGUCAAUCCAGAGACCGUGGAAAUCCUUGACGAAGAGGAGCCCCAAGACGACCGGUCUAAGGGGAAGGAAAAGGAAAAGACCGGCCGUCGGACGAAAAAGGUGGCCACCACGCACCCUUCUUACGCUAAGAAGAGGGCAAGGUCAGAUCCUGAGCCGGCCGGCCAGACCAUCGAGGAGGCUUUCGUCAAUCUGGGGCUGAGGCUGAAGGAGGCGGGGGAGAUUGGACCCCUCACAGCUGACCGGCUUGGUUUAGGCUCUCCCUCGGAGUUUGCCCGGCUGAAGAAGGAGAAGGAGGAGAUGGCCCUCAUCUUGAAAAGCCAGACCGAUGAGCUGAUCAGGCUGUCGGGGCUAGCCAGGUCCAUGAAGACCGAGAUCUCCCAGCUGAAGGAGGAGAAUGGCCGGCUCAUGGAUGAAGUCUCUGAGGCCAAGAGGGAGAUGACGGAGAAGGAAGAAAACUUCCCCGGGCGCGCAGCCGCCUGGGUUGAGGAAAAUAAGGCCGAAGCUACCCGGGUUCUGACAGCGAGCCCAGAAGCUACCAUGGAAUCCUUCAGGCUUCUAUACCGGGAGCCUGAAGGAAAGAAGAUGAUUACCGCCGUUGGAUCUUUCGGAUUCAAGUGCGGGCAAAAGAAAGACCGGGCAGCUUCCCACCGGAUCCUCCUGAAGAGAGACCCGGCCUUCACUGCGGCUUCCUACGACCUGGCUCCUAUCCUAGAGGAAGAGCCUACUCCCCCUUUCCCCUUAGAUUAGGAUCUCCUCGGCCUAGACCAGUUGUGUUUUGUAAAACCCCAACUUGAAAUUUCCCCGGGGAUGCCCGGUGUAGCUGUAAACACUUAACAUUUUCAUCUUAAUUGAAUGCCAUGUUUAAUUUCCAUACCGGUGGAUCUUGAAUAUCUGCUUGUUUCUUGAUUGAUAUUUUUGUUCUUGCUUCUUAUAAAUUCUGACCGGUAGC